AUGAAGGCAGAAUAUUUGGCACCGAUGAUGGGAGGAGAAGGAGGAGUUAGACCGAGAGAGGUUAGGAUUGAGAAAGAGAAAGAGAAAGAGAAAGAGAAAGAGAAAGAGAAAGAGAAAGAGAAAGAGAAAGAGAAGAGAAAGAGAAAGAGAAAGAGAAAGAGAAAGAGAAAGAGAAAGAGAAAGAGAAAGAGAAAGAGAAAGAGAAAGAGAAAGAGAAAGAGAAAGAGAAAGAGAAAGAGAAAGAAGAGUAGAGUAGAAAGUGGGAAAAGAGAGUUUGUGACAAAAGUGAGACAAAGUGACAACAAACAUUCGCAAGGCUACAUUACCUUCCUCCUCUCCAUUCUACAUUUCCUAGCACAAGCAUUGAUUGGUGUGUCAAAGGUGAAAGGUUACGGACACAUUCUACAUACAGACAGGUGCCCUGCUCCCACCUUUAAAAAGCAGUCACUGCCACCCACCAAAAAAAUCAAACCUACCCCCUUGGCAAAGGGGAACACGUUUAUGGACUUCAAUGACUACAGCACCCUCCUUGCCCAGCACUUGAAAUCCUCCACUACCACCACAGAUCUGUGCACUGAUACUGAGUCUCAGACCCAAGACCACCCCAGGAUUAAUGACCCUGUCACAGAAGAUGAGGGUGAUAGUGAAGAAGAAGCAGAUGCUCACAAAGGCAAUGUGAAAACAACAAUAUUGCUGGGUGGAGUUGAGUCAAGCUAA